AUGGCUCUGGAUACCCUCACCUGGCUGCGCUUUUCGGUCACCCUAGCUCUGCUUCUAAUGCCCGACUGUUUCUGGGCGGCGCGGACCGGUACCCACUCUCUUUGCCUCGACUUCACUGUCAAAUCUCAGUCUAGACCUAGAGAGUCCUGGUGUGAAGUGCAGGGCUCAGUGGAUAAGACCGCUUUCCUUCAGUAUGACAGUGAGAGCAACAAGAUCAAACCUUUGGGUCACCUAGGAAAGGGGCUGAAUGCCACCAAAACAUGGACACAAUUGACCAAAAUGCUGAGAGAACUGGGGCAAGAUCUCAGGAUGAUCCUGCUUGAUAUGGACUUAGAAAAAAAUAAGACCAUGGGUCCUCUCACCCUGCAGGCCAAGAUGUCUUGUCAGCUUGAAAGAAAAAACCACAUUGGUUCAUUCUGGAAUUUCAGCAUUGAUGGACAGCCAUCUCUCUACUUAAAUGUGAUGCACAUGGAGUGGACAGUGAUUAAUUCUAGAGCCAGAGAGAUCAAGGAGAAGUGGGAGAAUGAGAAAGAACUGACAGAACAUUUAAGGAAGGUCUCCAUGGGAGAUUGCAGUCAGUGGCUCGGGGAAUUCUCAGAGCACUUGGAGGAAAUGCCAGAAGCUGUUCCAUCAUCUACCAUGUCUUCUGUGGACCAUGGGAAGGCAACAUCAUCAGACCACCCUUGGUGGCAAGAAGGGUCCUUAGAUGACAGUCUCUACUCUGCCACUCUUUCCAACAAACUUUCUUCCAUUUGA